AGCUACAGAGAACUGGAAAUCUAACAAGUGUCUCAGAAUUCUUCCUCCUGGGCCUCUCAGAUGAUCCAGAACUGCAGCCUUUGCUCUGUGUCCUGUUUCUGUCCACGUACCUGGUCACCAUGCUGGGGAAUCUACUCAUUAUUCUGGCCGUCACCUCUGACCCCCACCUCCACACACCCAUGUACUUCUUCCUCACCAACCUGUCUUUGGCUGACAUCAGUUUCAUCUCCACCACUGUUCCCAAGAUGAUUGUGGACAUCCAAACUCACAGCAGAGUCAUCUCCUAUGAAGGCUGCCUGACACAGAUGUCUAUUUUUAUCCUUUUUGGGUGUAUGGAUAGCAUGCUUCUGUCUGUGAUGGCUUAUGACAGGUUUGUGGCCAUCUGUCACCCACUGCACUACCCAGUCAUCAUGAACCCGCGCACCUGUUGCAUCUUCAUUUUGGUGUCUUUUUUUGUUAGCCUUUUGGACUCCCAGAUGCAUAAUGUGACUGUGUUACAACUUACCUGCUUCAAGGAUGUAGAAAUUUCUAGUUUCUUCUGUGACCCUUCUCAGCUGCUCAACCUUGGCUGUUCUGAUACUUUCAUGAAUAAUAUAGUCAGCUAUAUUAUCGUUGCCAUCUCUGGUUUUCUCCCUACCUCAGGAAUUUUUUUCUCUUACUAUAAAAUUCUUGUCUCCAUUCUGAAAGUCCCCUCAUCAAGUGGGAUUUAUAAAGCCUUUGCCACCUGUGGCUCUCACCUGACAGUGGUUUGCUUGUUUUAUGGAACAGCCCUGGGGGUGUACCUCAGCUCAGCCAUCUCCCUUUCUCCAAGGAAGGAUGUAGCAGCCUCAGUGGUGUACACUGUGGUCACCCCCAUGCUAAACCCCUUCAUCUAUAGUCUGAGGAACAAAGACAUCAAAAAGGCCAUGUGGAGGUUCCUCAGCUGA